AUGCGCGCAGUAUUGAUUGCUCCCACCUCCCACAAUGAUCGGCUGAGGCGAUAUUCUACAACCGUGUACCGAACGCUCACUUCCCUCAACAAUUAUAUAGGCCCCAACCUCGUCUUCCCCGAACUUCCUGCCGUCGUCCACGGCAAAACGCCCCCGACAAUCAAAACCCAAGCACGGUCCGCCACGAUCCUGCCCAAUUUCGUCGGCCUGAAGUUCGCCGUGCAUAACGGCAAGAUAUAUCAAGAUGUGUACAUCACGGAGGAGAUGGUCGGGAGGAAGUUGGGCGAAUUUGUGCCAACAAGAAAACGAUUUACAUACAAGAUGAGCAAGAAUAAGUAA